UUCUGUCGAUCAGCAGAAUUCCUGUCUAAUUCCCCUGCUCAGCAACACACACACACACAGACACACACACUCUCUCGUCGCUCUGAGUUGUCUGGUGGAUCUUUGGUGAGUCCUGCUUGUCUUUCCGUGUUCCUACCUGUGUGACAUCAUGAUGAUGUCAGCUACCUGUGUUGCUAAUCGAUUUUAGCCUGUCGUUCCUUUGCUGUUUAUUUUCUGCCUCAACCAAUCAGAGCUGACGGUUUAAAUUUUAUUGAAUCUCUAUCUGUCUGAUGGCUGGGCUUGGUUCUGAUUCCGACAGUAAAGAAACCAAAACCUUCAUGAAGAGCAGAACACCCUGGGAAAGCAGACCAAACAUAAACCAGAACCAGCAGAACCUGUCGUUAGGUCCUUCAGCUUCAGAACCAGAGCUGAACUCUGUUUUAAACACUGCGCAGCUUUCACACACAAAAACAGAAAAGUCGGCGCAAAAAAACCCUCAGGGCCUGAUAAAGUGUGCAUACACACAAAAAAUGUGUGGCGCCAUAUUUUACAAAAAGGCAACAUGUAUGAAAUGAACAUGGUGUGAAAGUUUGUAUAAAGAUAAACUUUUUACCUGCAGUAAAAAUGUGCAGCAGCCACUUUUAACACAGACAACAAAAAACUAGAAGGCAUCAAAACUCACCUAAAUACACUGAAACCUGACUUGAUUCAGUUAUUUAGUCCAAGAAGCAUCAAACUUAUGAAUCUUUUAUUGUUUAAACAUAAACAAUGAAACUGAACCCGUUUAUCCUCAGAGAAUAAGCCAACAGAAAAUACAGAAAAUAGAAAUAAAGGAUGUGAAAACCUCAGUCCAACGUCAACAAUCAUGUUGCUCAGUUUGAGUCUCAUAAAGAUGAAACUCCUGGUCUGAAUGAAUCUAUUUAUUGUCCCUAAAGAGAAACCAGGGCUGAUCAGACAGUUUGAUUAUUGAUCAGGUGUGGAGACAAUCACAGGUCCAUCAGUAGCUGCAUCCAGGUGAGCCGCUACCUGAGGAGAACAUGGAGCCAUUGAUCAGAGAUCAGAUUGAUCAGAUUGAUCUGCUGGUUUAUCAGCGUUUAGAUUCAUCCAGACUGAUCAUCCUGGAGCUCUGAGCAGAACUUACAGCAGCACCAGCAAGAACAGGCCAGGUCCAGUUGGAGCAGCAGAAUGUUCCAGUACACUCCACCGUGGAAGGUUCUGGCUCUCAGUCUGGACUCGGAGAACAAGGCAGCUGCUCUUCAGACCUGCGGCUGCUGCUGGACGCUGAUCAAGAGACUCUCCACCGAAGUUUGUUUGCCUGCUUGGUCCCCACAAAGUUCUCAGAGAUCCAGAGACGGUUCUCCCCCCUGUGGCUCCACAACGCCCCCUACAGGCAUGGACAGCUCCCCCAGGAGGUGGGUGCUGAAGCCUCUGUCCCCCAUACUGCAGCCCUCAGACCUGAGAACCAUUGUUGGGCCUGCUCCUGGCCUGGCGGACCAGGACUCUGGCUCCCAGGAAAACGACAGAACCCGGAAUGGCCUAGUCAAAGUCCAGCAUGUCACGGUGCAGGAUGGGGACUCUAGCAGUGACGAAUGGCAGCCCAGCAGUCCUGGUAGCAGCUCCAGCUCUCAGAGCGGCUUCUACUCCUUUGUGGAGGAUCCCAGGAGUCCGGAGGCGGAGAUGAACGAAGCCUGGAUGGUGUCACCACAGCGCCAGGCUCAAUUGGCCGUCCUGAAGAAAGAGAAAGGAUUCAAACUACAGACCUACAGCAGCAACAAGAAGCCAGAGAGUCUGUUCUCAGAGAGCAAUGGAGACUAUCAGUAUAUGGUGGAUCCCAACAACGGGAUGAAAAUCAUAGAUGAGGAUGAGGAAAAGCAGCUUCGUAAGAUGAUCAUCCACAGCCAGGCUCCUAGGAGGAGCCAACCAGAACCACAGAACCAAGCGGAGGUUCUGGACCCCAUCCUGUCCACAGAUAGACUGAUAGAGGGGUUCAGUUUGAGCUUCAGUCCUGCUCUCUCCAGACCAGAACCUCCUCAAACUGCUGUGCCAGGGGCCGUGGUGAAGGAGCAGAUCAACUUUGGUGCAGCCCGACAGAAGUUUCUACAGAUAGAGCAAGACCAACUGGCACAGAUGCUCAGUCCUGUCCGGUCACCCAGAAUCCUGUCAGACUUGACUCUAGAAUUGGAUUCUAAUGCUUAUGUGUCAAGGAAGGUGAAGGUCUAUGGUGCCAUGGAGGCAGUCGAUAACACAACUCCAUUUAGACCAGCAGGUGGAGAUGAGAUGGAUCUUCAGAGGAGUGUGACAGUGCUCCGAUCCGAUGGCAGUCUGAGUAGAGAGAGUAGCAUCUUUGAAGACUCUGGCCAAGAGGAACUGUCAGUAGAAGUGGCUGGAGGCUAUGCCAGUGAUGAUGGCCUCCUUGAUCACUGCAAGAAAUCCAAGGUGUUCCCUGAAACCCCCAUUGAUAGGGAGAUCCGAUUAACUCAGGAACGUGAGGCAGAGCUACGGAAAUCUCGAGGCCUGAAGCACAGCAGUGGUCAAGCGGAGAUGGUCAGAAUUGAAACCAGACGUUCACUGCUGUCCCUGACACCUGACAGAACCUUUGAGAAGAAUCCACUGAGCUUCAUCCUCCACAGAAAAACCCAAAGGGAAAACCAAAGGGAGGAGGGCCCUCAGCAACCUGAGAUCCAGGAACCAGAUGGCAGAGCUCCUCCUCCACAGCUGGGGUACAAGAGAGAAGAGGCUGACUCACACUCAGGAGACAAGCCUGAGUCCGAUUCUGGAGCAGACGAAGUGUUCCUCUCUCCAUGUUGUCCUCACCGACAUCCUAAUGAGUCCUGGUUCUUCCAGACGAACCCAACCACCUCCUUAUUCUCACCAAGGGACUCUGAGGGCAGAAAACAAAUGGCUUCCUCCCCUCCUGCCUCCCUUACACCAACAACCCUACAUGAACUAGAGCUCCCUCAGAGCUGGAGGGCCACAGGCCUGCAGUCCAGAGGGCAAGGAGCUCCAGACUUCAUUGAGAAGGAGAUUGAAGAAGCUCUAAAAAGAGAACAGGAGCUGAGAGAGCUGAGGGAGUCCAUGAAGGAAACCAGUCGACCCAUCUUCUCUCCGGCUCCUCUGGCAGAACAGGCAUCCAGGACGGCCAUGAGGCAGUUCUACCCACCACUUAAAACAGAGAAACCCGCCAGGCUGUCCUCCUCUUCUCAUCUCAGCGUCCUGCUGCCCUCCGCCUCCCUUGUCACUGCUAAGCCCUGGACCUCCUCAGCGUCCCCGGCCUCUUCCUCCCCACUGGCAGUCCGGACGGUUCUUCGAGGUUUGACGGAGACGCUGCUGCAGGACUUUGAGGAACACCGAGCCAAGCUGAAGCUGGAAGAGAGCGCUGUGGUGGAGUCCACUCGAGUCGUUCGUCAUAAGAACCAGAGAGCGCUGCUGUGGGAGGCUGGACAGUUCACCAACCAGGACAAUCAGUGAGACCACCAGGACCAGAUCCAGAACUAAGUGUGGACCAAUCCUGAGCAGGAUCAUGGGUCAGCAGCAUCAUGAUGGAUCCUUAUAGACAGGAUGUUCUCACCUGAUCCAAUCAGCUGCUGAGUAGACGUCCAGUGGAGACAACUGGUCGCUUUCAGUCUAACCUCA